CACAUCUCAGCUUUCCAGGUCUUCCAAACUGUCAACGACGCUGCCACAAUCUUCGAUGGCGACUGAGUCUGACUCGAAGUCCGAUGGGCCAUCUCUCACCCUUCCUACCCCAGACACAUUCCCUAUCUUUCCGUACCCGGAGCCUUACAACAUUCAGCUCGAUCUCAUGCGCCAUCUCUAUGCAGCCAUCGAGGGGCGUAAAGUUGCGAUUGUUGAAAGUCCUACAGGAACGGGAAAGACUCUGAGUCUGCUCUCUGCGACUUUCACUUGGCUGGACGAUAAUAAGAACCGUGCUCGUCAAGGGCAAUUGGACGCUCUUGCGGGCAGUGAUGGGCCCGAUUGGGUCAUGGAACAGACAAAGGAGCGGUUGAGACGAGAACUGGAAGCGGAUGAAAGGGAAUACGAGGAACAAUUGAAGAAGGCGAGGAAACGUGAAGCUGCGGCGAAGAAGGCGGCGAUGGCGAGAGUGAGGAAGAAGCCUGUGAGUUUGUCUCUGUUCGUGUCUUGCGAGGUUUGGAUUGACGAUGAACGUCAGCGACAAGUUCACGAUACUGAGGAGGUCGACGAAGACGAUGUGUACCUACCCGAGGAGAGUCAUGACUCGGAAUUGCCGUCAUUUCUCGCACGUACAAGUUCGAGUUACUCUCAGCGGAAGUCCGAAGAGCGACCGCCUUGUACCAAGAUCUACUACAGCUCUCGUACUCAUUCACAACUAUCCCAAAUCAUCCCGGAGCUUCGCAGGCUCAAACGCAAUCGUCAGAACCCUCCCGCUACUGGUCAUAUGUCGGCAGCCUCGCAUACUACAAGCCUCCCGCAGCCGUCUUCACUCAAGAGAGGAUAUCAAGCGCUAGCGAGCGAUAACGAUGACGAUGAUGUGUUCGUUAGCCAACAACAGACACGCGCCGUGUCGCUUGGGUCACGGAAGCAGCUGUGCAUAAAUGAGGAUCUGCGGGCGAAAGGGGGCGAUCUUGACGAACGUUGUAGGGAUCUGAUGAAUUCCAAAAAGGGACAUGGUUGUCCGUAUCUACCUCGAGAUGAAGAUGAUAUGCGAUUGCAUGACCUUCGGGACCAGAUACUGGCUGCUCCAAAGGAUAUCGAAGAGCUGGUAUCUGUGGCAAAAGAAUCCCGCACAUGCCCCUAUUUUGCAUCUCGAGAGGCCGUAUCUCAGGCUGAGUUGGUCACAAUGCCUUAUAAUCUUCUUCUGCAGCCCUCGGCUCGGGAUGCUCUGGGGAUCAAUCUUCAAGACCAGGUGAUUGUGAUAGAUGAAGCCCAUAAUCUCAUCUCCACCAUCUUAUCUUUGUCUACAGUCAGUAUGACAUAUCAAAACCUGAAGGACUCUAUGGACCAGAUUUCUACAUAUCUAUCCAAGUUCCGCUUAAGACUGUCCUCUCGUCACAUGUUGCAUCUCACACGACUACACACCUUUUUGAAAGCUUUUAUGGCAUUUAUCAUUAAGUGGAGAUCACAGCAGAAGCUGGGCAAUGAGCAACAUGCAGUAGUGAUGACUGUUGGUGAGGUCAUGCGGGCUCUUGGGCAGAACAUCGAUGCUGUUAAUCUCCUAGAGAUUUAUGAGUAUCUUCGGAGUUCUAAGAUUGCUCGCAAAGUGUCAGCUUAUUCAACACAAUUUCAACCCAGUCAAAGGAAAGAUAGUGAGUCUGACUUCUUGAAACCUUCACUUCAUGUGAUAGAAUCAUUUAUCACUUCAAUUACACAGGCUGCAGAUGAUGGAAGGCUUCUUCUUUCAAGCUGUGCAGAUGUGGAGUCGUUUUCAAUAACCUAUCAGUGUUUGAAUCCAUCACCACAGUUUCAAGCCCUCGUUGAUUCAGCUCAGUCAAUCAUCUUAGCUGGUGGAACAUUAUCUCCUACUGAGGAUAUAAUUACCCAACUAUUCUAUUAUCUACCCUCUAGCAGGAUUUCUCAGUUCUCAUGCUUGCACAUUAUACCCAAGUCUAAUCUUCAAGCACUUAUUGUGGGGUAUGGACCGAGGAAUAGUGACUUAAAGUUCACUCAUUCUAACCUAUCCACUAAGGGACUGAUUGAUGAAUUAGGACAAGCAAUAUUAAACUUAAUUCGAUCAGUGCCCGGUGGUGUAGUGAUAUUCUUUUCAUCUUAUAAAGUACUUCAUAUGGCAUUAUCAACAUGGAAGAAAGGUCAUCUAUUUAGUGCACUUGAAUCUAAAAGAGAACUUUUUGUGGAACCUUCAGACGGUUCUGAAGUAGAAUCUGUCUUAGAUGCAUACAGUUUGGCUACACAGAAACCAAGAGGUGCUCUUCUAUUUGCAGUCAUAGGAGCAAAGCUAUCAGAGGGAUUGAAUUUCUCUGAUAAUCUUGCACGUAUGGUUGUGAUAGUGGGCUUGCCAUUUGCAAACCUCAAUUCUCUAGAAUUGAAAGAGCGCCUACGAUAUGCAGAUCAUAUCCAAGGGACUCUUCCUUCUAGCAAUUCUCCAUUUGGGCUAGCUGGAACAUAUCUUUAUGAAAAUCUUUGUAUGAAUGCUGUCAAUCAAAGUAUAGGCCGUGCUAUAAGACAUAAAGAUGACUGGGCAAGCCUUAUUUUACUAGACUCUAGAUAUCAGAAUUCUCGUAUUUAUAACAAACUUCCAACAUGGAUUAAAGAUGUAGUCAUAUCUUCUACUUCAUUUGGCCAGUCUGUUCAACUUAUAAAUCAGUUUAUGAGAUCCAGAUGA